AUUUCCAAAUUGAAUGUGAGUACUAAACGAUUUCUUGGACGAGAUUGAAAUCUGAAAAAGAGAUAAGAAAAGUGUGGCAUGUUUGGAUUGGAAUUGGGAGAUAAUCCCUGCAAGUAAGUAAACCAGAGAUCCCACGAAAACAAACUAAUAAAGACACUGGAUUGGGCCGAUAAAUCAGUUGGGCUGAAGAAAGCAGGCCGUCUUUAUUAUUACCUAAUUCGUUCACGAUGGAGGUCGAACCGAGAAUAUCCCCCUCCGGAGGCGAGCGCCUUAUCCAUUGGGCCACGCGAACUAUUGGUCAGGCCUCAGUUUUUAGCCUUAACAAACUAUUGAGUAUUGAAUGAUUAGCUUCCAAACAUCAAUCACCAACCUUCUAGUUUCCUUUUAACCCUACUAGAGCUCUGCUCUGCCAUGGCUCCCGCACUAUCUACUUCUUGCUCCUCCGUCAUGGCUUUCUCAACAUCAAACGCGCUUCGUUACCAUCAUCCUCAAAUUUCUCUCAGGAACUCUCUUCGCGCUCCCAAAUCGCCUUCUUUUGUCAGGCUUCCCCUCGGAAAGGUGUUACAGAGCAGGAUUGUGAUACGUGCUGCUUCGUCUGCGGCUGGUAAUCCACAGUCUGAUGCUGACUUUAAUCCGUAUGAGGUUCUUGGUGUUAACCCUAUAGAGGGAUUUGACAAGAUCAAGCAAACUUAUGGAAGGAAACUUAAAGAUGCUCAGAGGAGCGGUGAUGAAGCCACUGCUGCUCUACUUGAGAAGGCAUAUGAUAAGCUCAUGUAUGCCCAGUUGAUGAAUAGGAAAAAGGGUGUGACUUUUGGUUCGUUUAAGGUUUCCAAGGACAUUAAAUAUGCUGAUAAGCAGCCCAUUAUACCAUGGGGUCCAAGGUUUUCCAGGUCCUCCAAGAAUGAUAUGUUGAUCAACCUAGCAAUAUCAGUUGUGUUUAGUGCAUGGAUUGCGAUAAAACGUAAUGUUGAAUACAAACCGCUGCAGUUCAUGUCUUUUGUAUUUGUUUACAGAAUUUUUGAGAAAUUAAAAUCCUUUGAAGCACCUUCAUCUCCAAUAUAUAACGAGGAAGGCGAAGAAAGUGGACGGGGAUUGAGAAUGGGAAAGAGGCUUCUUCGUUCUCUUUCCUUAGUUUUUGGCUCUAUACUCUUAGCAUCUUUGGCAUACACUGGGUUCUUAAAUGGCAUCGAGUACAUGGGCUACUCCAUACCCAUGGUUCUUUACAACAACCAGGAACUUAUAGUGACGGCGUCAUCGGCUUUCAUGCUCUAUGUUAUAGCGUCGUUUUACAGAUAAUGCGAGAGUCCACAGGAGAAUUGGUCAGUUAGAAGCUUUUGGAGAAGUUAUGCUGUAUUAUAGGAUGUUGCUGGGAGAUGAAAAGUUUAUUUUCUACAGAGAGAUGGGGUUAUCUUUAUAACCUUUCUUUUGUGUGGAAAAUCAAGUAAAUUUUGCAAGAGAGAAAUCCCUUAGAAUCUAAGUCUUGUCUAUUUACGUUUAAUGCUGAGGAUCGCAUGUGGAAGGUUUUUUAAUUUUUGUAUUGGAGCAAUAAUAUGCGUGAAGUGAAAAAUCUUGAGAUACCUUGAAAGUAUCAGUCGUACACACAAUUGAAGCGUUACGAAGAUGAGAAACGUUAUCAACCUUGUUAAAAC